ACAAUUCCUUCACUGACGAACGAACACUAUUUUGUAUUCAUGUUUUGGAUUUCCACGACAACUCGUAUUUAGGUUGCUUAUUGUGUAUUUAUUCAGGCGUCGAAGUGAUUUUAAAAUGACUUACAAAUAAAUAUUAAAUGAAUGCUAUAUAUUUAGUGGAAUAAGAUAAAAUGAUGUGUCUCGUAAUAAAGAGAUAAUUAGAUAAUUAAAAGCAAGCAAUAUGAUUGUUUUAUUGUUUGUAAUAUUAUGUUGUCUUCAACUCUCAGCUGGUCAGUGUACCUUUCCCUCCGGAUUCAGCAGCAGUGUAUGGACGAGUACCGAAUUUGGUGACAUCACUUUUGGAACAAACGUGGCUGAGUUCUCAGAAGACGGUAAAUCAGCCAAUUGGACAUGCGAGGUGUCGUCUGGCAGUAAAUAUGUUCUCCGGUCAUUGAACACAGAUCUUUCAAAUUCACUGCAAACAAACAUCUAUUUUUACUACUGUUUUGAAUUUCAUCAGCAAGGGUCAGAUUCCUACAUUUAUUACCACCCUACAGCAUUGUCGGGUGUUAAGAGAAGACUGAUGUUGGCUAGUGAUACAACAACGGUUGAUGCAGCGUGUUCUGAAGCAGUGGAUACUGCUGAAUAUCACGUGAUGGUUAGAAAGGAUUCCGCCAGCACUGUAAAAUAUUACUGUGCAAGCCCGUUGCUUGGUGACUUUUUAUACUCAUGUCCAUCUAGUUCGGAAAAUGGUACCUUAAAUGUGUGUGACACAUUUUCUCAACAGACGCUAGCUUUCAACCAUUCACAAUGCUCGCCAUCUUCUCCAGUUCUAUUUUCUACGGGAGGAGUUUUAAACUGUGUAGCGAAGACUUCAGCAACAGUCUCGUCGGCUACAGUUUAUUAUCAAACCUUGUAUAACACAGAUGCCAGUGUUAAUGAUCUAACUACAUUUCAAUUCGUAUGUCUGGCAGUGACAGAGGAAUCCGACGGACAGGUGUUGUUCUCCUACAGCCACACCUCAUGUAUCGCAGGACAAACCUCUUCUACCACAGAUACCAAUGUGGCGGUAUUCGAACCUCUUACAUCAACUAGUAAGACCUAA